UGCCAGCAAUCUAUCUAGUCUGAGCAAACUCCAGCUUGGGUUUGCAUGAUCUCAUGCCCAAUCUCUGCCGAUAUAAAACUCACCCACAACAUGGGGUGUAGCCACUCAAACCUCUAGCUGGACUGCAGUACAUUAGUGCAGGAUUCAAGGACGCUGGGUUAGUGUUUGUCUUGCCUUUGUUGUGGGUUGAACGCCCACUGCAUCGCUUGCAAUCAUCAGCAUAUUCUCCACAUGCUGUGAGUUCUGUGGAUACAGUUGGGUGGGAUACGGAAUGGCGUUAACGAUGAUGUUUGCUGUUGUUACUGUUGCUGUUGCUUUUGGAGUGUUGUUUCGUGUCGAGCAGGUUGUUGCUUGGGGAGCUGACGGACACCGAGUCACUUGUCUGAUUGCUGAGCCUCUGUUGUAUGAGCCUACCAAACAAGCUAUCGCUGCAUUGCUCCCCAAAUCUGCCAACGGGAACUUGGCCGACUUGUGCACAUGGCCAGACGACGUGCGCUGGAUGGAUAAGUAUAAAUGGACCCGGGAGCUUCACUGGGUUAACACCCCAAACCACGUGUGCAAGUAUGACUACAAUCGAGAUUGCCACGACCACAUGGGAACUCCAAAUGUGUGCAUCUCAGGGGCUAUCAACAACUUCACCCAUAUAUUGUGGAAUCACACCAGAAACCGCAACAUGAAAAACGGUAGAGAUUCUGGAUCUUCAAGUUAUGGAUCCUCAUCAGACAUAUUCACUUGUUACCGGGCAUUUGUAUUCGGGGAAGCGGAAGAUGUGACAGAAGCUCUUCUCUUUCUAGCUCAUUUUAUGGGUGACAUCCACCAACCAUUGCACACUGGCUUUCGAUCAGACCAGGGAGGAAACAACAUCAGCGUAUAUUGGUACCAUCGGAGAAGUGACUUGCAUCAUGUAUGGGAUACUGAAAUUGUUAGCAAAGCAUUGAAAGAAAACCACAACUCAGAUCCGGAAAUCAUGGCUGACAGUAUACUCAACAAUGCAACAGACAAUUGGGCAAGUGAGGUCGACGCUUGGGGCAUUUGCCACAACCGCAAACUUUCCUGUCCCGACACGUAUGCAACGGAGAGUAUAAAUCUUGCCUGUAAGUGGGCAUACAGUGGUGCUGCCCCUGGAACUGCACUUGGUGAUGAAUACUACACGUCCAGGUUACCAACAGUUGAAUUGCGGUUGGCACAAGGAGGUGUAAGGCUUGCAGCAAUUCUGAACUCUAUAUUUGAUCCAAAUGCCCCCCAGUGAAGUUUUCUUCUCGUCUCAUAGAAAGCUUACAAGGGAGACACGUUUGACAAAACUAACAAAAAAGAAAACAAACAAAAAAAAACAGGACACAGUUUGGUGAUAAUUGAAGGGAGAUUGAAUCACAAACCAGUUUGACAGAAAGAAUAAAAUUAAAGUCCCAAAAAGAGUUAUCAAAUGCUUACACAAUAGCAGAUUCUCUGAUUGAGUCACCUUGUGAAUACAAUCGUUUUACAUUUUUUGAGAAGAGUCAGUAUGGAAAACUAAGCUUAGUGAAAACAACACAACUAUUCCACUUUGAAAAACAAAUGUAGUAGUACAGAUUGUAAUGUCUUCUUCUACAGUAAAUUUAAGCAAAUACGAAGUCCUUAAAUUGUAGAAGUUGGUUUAUCAAUCGUGUAAAUAAUCUUAUGCUAUUCUUUUUAAAUUGUAUGUAUAGUAUUCACAAAUAAAAUAAAAUAAAAUAAACUGACGCAAUGUUAUUAUUCAAUGGA